UAAGAUUCGCAUGGUAGGCAAAUUGUUCCAUGAAAGGUUACAUGCCUUUACGCAGGCGCAGCUGCUUCGCCUUGAACUGAACCGAGUUUUGCAUAGAAUACUGCAGCACUUUACUUGUCGGUGACGGAUAUAAUUGAACUGUGUUUGAGGGAUCCUGCAAACUACGUGCAUACGUUCUCUGAGCCCGCCAAAGUCUAUCGGGCCGACUAGCCAGCGCGGCAGUGCAUUUUUGACAGAGAGGAAAUGGGCCGCGAUGAGGAAGAUUAUCCUGACGAGGUGGAGGAGCGACUGACCAACGAAGAGUAUAAGAUUUGGAAAAAGAACACUCCAUUCCUUUAUGAUCUUGUGGUGACUCACGCGUUGGAGUGGCCCAGCCUUACUGUGCAAUGGCUUCCAGACAAGGAGAUUGUUCCGGGGAAGGACUACUCCAAGCAAAAGCUUAUACUCGGGACGCAUACGUCAGACAAUGAGCAGAAUUACCUUAUGAUUGCGGAGGUGCAGCUGCCAUUGGAGGAAUCCGAGCUGGACGGCCGGGGAUAUGAUGAUGAGCGUAACGAAGUUGGAGGAUUUGGCGGCGCCCACGGCAAGGUGCACGUGAUCCAGCAGAUCAACCAUGACGGCGAGGUCAACCGCGCGCGGCACAUGCCGCAGGAUAAGUUUAUUAUUGCAACGAAGACAAUCAGCGCGGACGUCUACGUGUUUGAUUACUCCAAACACCCCUCAAAGCCGCAGUCGGAUGGGCUCUGUCGGCCAAACCUCGUGCUUACUGGGCAUAAGACAGAGGGAUAUGGGCUGGCGUGGUCGCCAUACAUGCCCGGAAACCUCCUUUCUGGCUCUGACGACGCUCAAAUCUGCCUUUGGGAUAUCCAAGCAACACCGAAGAACGUGAAUAAACUUGCGGCCAGGACGAUAUACCAAGAGCAUCAGGGCGUUGUGGAGGACGUGGCAUGGCACUGCCACCACGCUGACAUCUUCGGCUCUGUUGGCGAUGACAAGCAGCUCAUUCUCUGGGACGUACGGCGCCCACCUAACCAAGGCGUCAUGAUAGCAGCUGAGGCGCACACAGCUGAAGUCAACUGCAUCGCGUUCAAUCCGCUGAAUCCAAACAUUCUUGCAACAGGCUCCGCAGACAAGACGGUUGCCUUGCACGACUGGCGUAACCUCAGCCAGCGGUUGCACGUAUUCGAGUGCCACGCUGACGAGGUCUUCCAGAUCGGGUGGAGUCCCAAGAACGAGACUAUCCUGGCAUCGUGCGGCGCGGACCGGCGUGUAAUGGUGUGGGACCUGUCACGCAUUGGCGAUGAGCAGACUCCCGAGGAUGCCGAGGACGGCCCGCCGGAGCUUCUCUUCAUCCAUGGCGGACACACCUCGAAAAUCUCUGACUUAGCAUGGAACCCGAAUGACGACUGGGUGGUGGCGUCGGUUGCAGAAGAUAACAUUCUGCAGAUCUGGCAAAUGGCAUUCAACAUUUACGAGGAGCCGGACAACAUGGCAAUUUAAGGGUGCUUCUGGGAAAUUUUUACAUUUGCUUUGACCGUCACUAUUAUUACACGUCGUGUAUAAAGCUGUGAACGUCGGUUGAUAAAAGUUGGGGCUGUGUUUUACAGCGGUGAAGGGAAGGAUCAGGUGGAAAACGAGAUCACAUCACAAUUUUGACUACGUGGCACACGUGUUGAGUAUGCAUAGGUGGUUUUCACAAAAGUAUCAUUACACUGUAACCGUUUGGACAAACAACUCUUGUUUGAUGUACAGCGGUUUAUGCUCGUGACGCAGCAGCCGCUUGGGCCGAAAUUUUCUCUUGAAGGAUUGCCUGAACUUGCAUGAGGACAUUCUGGCGCUGACGGAGUGUUGCUUGGACAGUUCCGACAUUCUCGUGUAACGUCUUGAUUCGCCGGUCGUAAUAUUUCAUGGCAUCAGCCGUAGCCAUCUCUACAUAGUAGCCUGUGCCAAUAUCCACCAGGACCUUCUCCACGUCGUCCACCUCUCCCGAGACGUAAAGGGAACUCGUCAGCGGGAGCAUGAUAGAUUGGCCAGUCUUUGAAGCCGCGAGCUGCUCAACCGCCUUCUUGGAGUUGCUAAAAGUGUUGGCUGCUCUCGCGAGGGCUUGUGCGCCCUCACCCAGCCUUUGGAUUUCAUUGUUCAAGCUAGAGCGCAGGUCCAAAAGCUGCUGCGCGCCAAGGCUCUCCAGUUGGAUGGGCUCGACAGCCUCCUUCGGCGGCAUGGCCUUUUAGAUCUGUAAUGCUAAGCGAAUUACGUUUUAUAUAGUUCAAAAAACGCUCGCCGUAACGUGUGGAGUCGAGCAAAGCUGCCCGGUAGGCCGUUCCGAUUAUUGCUGUUAUGAAGGCUAUAUAACGCUACAGAAUAGACAGGCUCGGUUGAUGGCAAU